AUGCAGUUCCUUACUUCAUCCGUUUGCCUCGCCAUUCUCGGCGCUGCCGCCGCUCAGAACCUCAAAAACGCCGUUCUCCUUUGCCCCAAUGCUGAGCUCACUUUCGCCGAACCUGCCAAAAGCAUGCCUGCUAUUGUUUGCAUCGGCGCUUUUAGCUGUCAAUCCGCCACUGACGGUGUCAAGAGCGGCAACCUCUGGACUUCCUCUUGUAUUGGUUGUCCUCCCAACCAGCAAAUCAGCAAGUUCGAAUGCACGAAUGUGGUUAGACGUUGCCGCGCCUCCGAAGACAUGAAACCAGAAUGGACAGUGCAAGAUUCAGGCCAUGUCAUUGCUCGUGGCUUAGAGAUUGCUGAGAUCCAUGCUACCACACCUGGCUACCCUUCUAUCGUCCUUGGCUCGACAAUCGGAGGCAAAACAGUCAUCAAUGAGUUGCGUCGACUUCCUGGUCUAUCUGCCUAUCCCGAUGUAUCUCCCAUUGACGGACCAUCUGGCAGCGAACGAGAGCGCGCGUUUGAGAACGCGCUUAGGAGUGAGAAGUAUCGAUCGCUGGGAGACGCCUUUGUGAACGGUGUAUCGGCGGCUGAGAAGAUCAGUCCCUCGAUAUCCAAGUUGACCAGGAUAUUCAUUGUCUAA